AUGUCUCCCGAACCCGACGGUGCGCCUCAGGCGCAGGGUGACGAGACAAAAUGGAAGGACCAGGGAGCUUCUGAUGAUGCGGACAUCCAGCGCAUCCUCUCGCAAAGCCAGGAUAUAGGUAUGGACAAGCUAGGCAUCGACUUCAGCCACGAUAGAGCCAUCGACCAGACCGACAAGGCCGACGAUGCACAAGAUUUCGAGGACAUCAGCGACGAUGAUCUGCCCGACGAGGAGCCACCGACAGCGACCACCUCCUUCGAUGCGCAGGUACCCGGGCUUACGGAUGACGGUGGAACUAGUCACGAUACCGACGAUCUCUUCGGCGACGGGCGGGAAUCAUCGCCAUUCGAUCCUGUCCUGGGACCACUGUCUCCGCCACAUGCGCCGGUAGAGCCGGAUAGCGCUGCUGUCGCCAUCCGACCGGAAACGAGUUUCGCCGAUAGCCACAACGAGCUCACGUUUGAUUCGGUGGAAGACUUUGUGAAGCAGACGUGGCCCGACUUCAGGCAAGGCACAAUCCCGGACUGGAAUCAGCUUCUGCCAUCAAGAAAGACCUUUUUCAAGGAGAAAAAGCCCGCGCGAAAGCCGAAGCCUCUCCUGACAACGAAGUUGAGCCUGGAUAUCGAUAAUGAUCAACAAAAGGUAUUUCGUGUCCCUGGUAUCGCGGUCAAGCGAACGACUGGCCGAUUCAACGACUCUGGAAAUGGUUUCGUGAGCCUGAGAAGCCAAACCGAAGAAAACGGCAUCCAUGGAAUGGAGUUCGACCCCGACGAGGACUCCGAAGACGAGCUCCUGGCUGGCUUCACCCUGCAGCAUAUCAAUACCAUCUGCUAUAACUUUGAUGAAAAGAUUAAGAAGGCAGAGGAAUAUCGAGAAGCCCAGAUUGCCUCCCAGGUCCACCAAAAACCUGGCUCGGCAGAGCCUGAUGAAGAGUGGGACGCCAUGUUUAUGGACGAGCCUCCCAAAAGAAGAAGCGAGUUAUUCCUACCGCGUAUGGCGGGCGGAAAUCUUGGCGGAAACGGAUUGCGUCGGUUCAACAUCUCCAACGACGAAGCCUACGAGUUACUCAAAGAAGCCCAUCAGGAUAAGGUUAGAGCAACGAUCGGUAACAUCAUGGUUGAUCAUGGCCUGCCGGCCCUUCGCCUCGCCUGGCCGUACUACAAGACUAGGGUUGCGGAAAGACCGGACCAGUUCCACAGACCUCCUUUCCGCGUGCGAAAGUUUGUUGGCCGCUCGGUGGAGUUUUCUCGACGCAACGUCCUCAAGCGAAAGGCCCAAAAGGGCAAAGCGCGCGACGUCUUCAAGAACACCAAGGACCUCACCCUUCGAGACAACUCAACGGCUGUGUUAUUCGAGUAUUGCGAGCGGAUCCCGACUGUCCUUUCCAAGUUUGGCAUGGGAAACCGUGUGAUCAACUAUUACCGCAAAGGCGCGGAUACUACCUCCGCGCCGCCACCGAAGAAGGACCUCGGCGAAACGCAUAUCCUCCUCCCCGAGGAUCGUUCUCCGUUUGCCAUCUUUGGUACGGUUGAUCCCGGCGAGACGGUUCCGACUCUUCACAACCAGAUGUUCCGCGCCCCCUCUUUAAGCAUUCGCCGCGAGAAGGGUGGCGAGAAGGGCGAGGAGUCCCUCGCGGAGAAGAUGGCGCCUUGGAAGACGACCAAGGCUUUCAUCGACGCUUGUACCGGGAAAGCGAUGCUUCAGCUUCAUGGCGAAGGUGACCCGACGGGUCACGGGUUAGGAUUCAGUUUCAUUCGAACAUCCAUGAAAGGAGGGUAUCUUGAACAGCUGCAGCAUGGUCCGCAGUCGUCUGCCGCGGAUAUGAUGGAGAAGCAAAAACGAGACAACAACGGGCACGCAUACAAUGUCAAGAAGCAAGAGCAAGCCUAUAAGACGGGCAUCAGCGAGAUCUGGAACAAACAAAAGACUACAUUGAGCGAUGCGACCCUACACGACGACGACGAUAUUGUCCAGAUUGCUGAUGAGGACGAGCGGUUCAAUAUCCCAGGAGGCGCGACUCCGGUUCCUACUGCUGAUGAUAGCGUCAGUCAGCUUAGCGGAUUCACGUCAACAAGCCGCCAGUCGAAGAAGAGGCUUCGGAUUGUCCGGCAGGUAGAAGGCCUCGAUGGGUCCUUGGAAGAGAGGGUAGAAAUUGUAGAAGACCCGGUCGUCAUUGCCCAGUAUAUCAAGAGGCGCAAUGAGAUGGAUGCGGCAGAAAAAGACAUCCUCGAAAUUAUCCCUACUGGAGACGCCUUGGUGGACCGUCAAUUUGCUAAGAAAAUCUCGGCGGAACUUGACCGUCUCGAAAAGAAUAGGGACCGACGGCUACAGAGGGAGCAGAACAAGAAGCUCCAAGAUGGCGCAGGCAGCGCCAGAUCUCCGGAUGCGAUGGAGAAACCGAUCACGGGAACGACGCGAAAAUGCGCUAAUUGCGGGCAGGUUGGUCAUAUCAAGACCAACAAAAAGCUAUGCCCACUCCUGAACGGCACGGCCGCCGCGAGUGGUGCAACCGAGGCCAGCGGUUUUGGUGGCUUUGGUCCUGCGACGCCGAUGGCAGCCAAUUCGCCGCCCGUUUAG